CGUUGGGAUAGGCCAUAACAACCACCCAACAAGGCGUCGUGCUACUAUGGGGAAAUGUCGGACCGAACCGAGAAUAUAAACGGUGUUGGUUUAGUUUAGAGUCCAGAUAAAUGCUGGAAAUUUGCCGGAAAGUCGACGCAAGUGGAAAUGAUCGCAUAUUAGGGAUCAAAUGUGGACCUUGACGUCGAGCCGUGCGUAAUGAGCAGAGUUGGAAAAAAGAAGGUGUUGAGCUGCAUUUUUUUUCUCUCUCUCUGCCUGCCUGCCAGGACAACUUGUGUUGGAGUACUGUCUAAACUACGAGGUGCUACGAAUUAAUAUAAUGUCCACGAAGCUCUCCACUUUCUGUGUGUUGCUGUUUCUCGCCUGUUCUGAUUCCUGUAGUUUCCUGUUGCUCUCCUGACAGUCUGUAAUCAGUCGAAUGGCCUGAUUAACUUCUAUACUGAUUGACCUGAUUGGCAGAAACACUGCCGAGGUAUGGCAGGCUGGGCCCGGGGCUCUGAGGAUCCGUGCCUGAAUCACGACUGAGGAUUGAGAGGAAUAUACGUUGUCUGAGCAGAAUGACUCAGCAGGAGGGGGGACCCCCAAAUAGCAAGUGAAGAGAAGUGAGGAUGGGUGCUAAUGGAUCCAGCUAUCCACACUCAUGCUCCCCACGCAUAGGGGGAAAUUCACAGGCACAGCAAACAUUUAUAGGGACCUCAUCCUUCUCGCAGCACGGAUAUGGCUGGGAGUCAAAGCUAUACAGUUUGGAGCACGGCCAUGAGCGGCCCACAGACAGGAAGAAGAAGAGCCUCGGUCUGGCGACCCUCAAACGGAGGUUCAUCAAAAGGAGGAAGUCCAGCCGCUCAGCAGAUCAUGCGCGGCAGAUGCGGGAGCUUUUGUCAGGGUGGGACGUCCGUGACACAAACGCUCUGGUGGAGGAAUAUGAGGGCACAGCAGCACUCAAGGAGCUAAGCUUCCAAGCCAGCCUCGCACGUGCUGAAGCACCCAGCCUGCAGCGGGAUCUGGCUGCCCUCUACCAGCACAAGUACUGCACAGAUGUGGACCUCAUCUUCCAAGGUACUUGCUUCCCAGCUCACCGGGCCAUCCUGGCUGCCCGCUGCCCCUUUUUCAAGACUCUGCUGUCAACAUCCCCUGGCUAUGGAGCAGAGGUUCUCAUGGACAUUGAGACAGCUGGCAUUGAUGUACCCAUGUUCUCUGCCUUACUUCACUACCUGUACACUGGGGAGUUUGGAGUGGGCGGGGCGGAGGAUACCAGGCUGCAAAACGUGGAUGUACUGGUGCAACUCAGUGAGGAGUUUGGUACACCCAACUCCCUGGAGGCUGAUAUGAAGGGCCUGUUUGACUACAUGUGUUACUACGACGCCCUGCUCAGCUUCUCCUCAGACUCUGAGAUGAUAGAAAGCUGUAAUGAGCGAGGGGCUGUGGCUGCAGCACCAACAGUGUGCUCAGCAGGCCCCGGGACCCCGGACGAGGACCUUAGGGCUCAUAAAGCUAUCCUCUCGGCACGUUCUCCUUUCUUUAGGAACCUUUUGCAGAGGCGCAUCCGCACAGGAGAGGAAAUGACAGAGCGCACAUUGCAGACACCAACCCGCAUAGUGCUGGAUGAGUCCAUUAUCCCACGGAAAUAUGUGCAGGUUAUUCUCCACUGCAUGUACACAGAUGUGGUGGAGCUUGGGCUGGUGCUGCGGGGCAGCCCCUCAGCGGGCAGCCUUGGUGAGGUGCAAGCCCUGGUGUCUGGGGGCCGGGGAGCGAGCACACGCACUGAGGAGGCAAUGGAGCUGUACCACAUCGCUCUAUUCUUGGAGUUCAGUAUGCUUGCGCAAGGCUGUGAGGACAUUGUUGUGGAAAGCCUGUCUCUGGACUCACUCGUCCCCAUUCUGAAGUGGAGCUCCCAGCCGUAUGGCUCCAAGUGGGUCCACAGGCAGGCCAUGCACUUCCUCUGUGAGGAAUUCAGUCAGGUUGUCACUUCAGAUGUUCUCUACGAGCUUGGCAAGGAGCACCUUCUCUGUGCAAUUCAGUCUGAUUACCUUCAGGCGAGUGAACAGGACAUUCUCAAGUAUGUUGUUAAGUGGGGCGAGCAGCAGCUUAUUAAGAGGAUGGCAGACAGGGAACCAAAUCUUUUGAGCGGCACAGCCCACAGUGUAAACAAGAGGGGAGUGAAAAGGAGGGACCUGGAUGUGGAGGAGUUAAAGGAGAUCCUGUCUCCCCUCCUGCCCUUUAUCCGAACUGAGCACAUCUUACCUCCCAACAGUGACGUCCUCGCUGACGCGCUUAAAAGAGGUCUGAUAAGCACCCCUCCCUCAGACAUGCUGCCCACAGCUGAGGGGGGAAAAGCAAAUGCCUGGUUACGGCAGAAGAACGCUGGCAUCUAUGUGCGUCCCCGCCUUUUCUCUCCUUAUGUGGAGGAGGCUAAGUCUGUGCUUGAUGAAAUGAUGGUGGAGCAGACAGACUUGGUGCGUUUGCGAUUAGUGCGCAUGUCAAAUGUCCCAGACACACUCUACAUGGUCAACAACGCUGUGCCUCAGUGCUGUCACAUGAUCAACCACCAGCAAAUGGCAAGCAACUCAACCACAGCUCCAUCGGUUGUGGCCAAUGAAAUUCCAGUGCCUCAGCUGUCUGUGGUAAAGGAGAUGAUCCGGAGGCUGCAGGAACUGAGACACACAGAACAGGUCCAGAGAGCGUAUGCCCUUAACUGUGGUGAAGGUGCCACCGUCAGCUACGAGCUGCAGCUGCGGGUGCUGAGGGAGUUUGGUCUGGCAGACGGAGCCACUGAGCUACUGCAGAACCCGUACAAGUUCUUCCCUGAUGAACGGUUUGGAGAUGAGAGUCCAAUUCUGGCUCUACGCCAGGUGGGUCGGUGUCGGGUAAACAGCAGCCCAGCCAUGGAUAGCAUGUUCACAGAGCUAGAAGGGGUAGUUGGCUUUCACCCUCCCCUACCUCCUCCACCUCCCCCAUACCACCCCCCUGCCACACCCAGCCAUGCUCAGCUCAAGGGUGCCUGGCGUCCUCGUGUGCCCAUGCCAACCCCUACCCGUUCCUUCUCCUAUCCCUGCAACCGCACCCUGAUCCAGCGCCAUGCAGCUGCUAAGCAUGGCAGCUCGGACUACUCCUCUGUGCCCAGGCCCCAGCCCCCAGACUGCACCAACCCGCAGGCUAUGGGCCGAGCUUUGCUUUCUGACCAGCAAGCGAUGAGCAUGGAGCCUGUUAUGAGGGAGUUCAUGCCUGACAUUGCAUUGGGUGUCUCUGUCAUGUCCCUGAGGGAGCAGCACAUGGCAGAGUUGGACAGGGAAGGCCCUCACGGCUCAGUGGGACCCUCAGGCCACCAUCUGCCCCAUGGGCCCUGCCCUUCUGCCCGCCACGGACAUGGACAUGGCCAUGGCCACGGUCCUGGACAUGGCCAUUCAUGCAAGAGACAUGCUCCUGAACCCACGCUGGAGGCUCAAGCCGAAUUCCCUGACCUGUAUGACUUCUCCUGUCGACCUGCAACCCCGACCUCCGCUCACCCUCUACCAUCCUUUGCAGGACCAGACCUCUACAGCCACAGCUGCACUCCCUCCAGCUGUUAUCCACCUCCCUACAUUUCUGAAUCUCAGUCCCAGGGCCGCCAGCAGGGACGGACUGCCCCAGACCCACUACGUCUUGAUGUCCUUAAUAUGACCUCUCAGAGGCAUGAUGGAGUCCUUGCCAGCCCUUCUGGGGCCCAACCUAGGAUGGGACAAAUCCCAAGGGGGCGAUCAAAUGAGACAGAUUUGACUCAUGGCUUAGGACAUUUACGGCCUCCCAGUGGAAACAUGGACAACUAUGAGGAGAGGCACACAGGACCUAGAGAAGCUCCGGAGGAAAUGGUUCUAGCUGGGGAAUCAUUGGGCCCGGGGUCCCUCCAGCAACCUCACAGGAACAGUGUCAGCGAGGAGAUCGCCAGAGACCGCAGGUCACCCAGCAAGCCUGACUACCCUUAUAAGAAAUCUGCACUUUAACCCCAUUUGAGGACCAGGGGUUGAGUUAGGAAAAGGGAAAGCAUGAUGAGUGGCUGUCCAUCACAAUGGAUGGCAAAGCACUAAAUGUGUGUGUGUGCGUGCGUGUGUGUGUGUGUGUUUGAUUGAGAGACGCAGGGUAAAGGGGUGGUCGAUGGUUGCUAUUUAUUGGAUCUGUCCUUUUGUCCUACCUCUUUCACACUGUGCUAUCCAUCACACAGUCAGAGUAUGGAAUGAGUAAGAGCUGUAGGUUAACUGUCUGCUUGUAGUAAUUGAUCGCUGCAAGUCUGCCUCGUCCUGCUGGUUUAGAGGAUGACUCAGGCUCUACUAGGACCGAUUGCUCUCUUGAGUUUGAUUGUAAAGAAAGGGUUUCGCUCUAUGCUGUGUGAGUCCUGCAUGGGGAGGUCACAACACUAGAUGUAGCUCAGUUAUGAACUGACAGUUCAACAAAGAUUACAUUCAUAAGCUCUGUUGUCUCUCGAUUGUUUUAGAAUUGAAUGGGUAGAUGGUGGGAUAGGAAUCUCAAUUUACACAAGCUAACAAUGGUAUACCGUUUGGGAGAGAGAGUGUUGUGAUAAAAUCAUAUGUAAAUACAUCUGACUGGAUUCUUUCCCCCCCCCAUUAUUUGUAUUUCAAUUUUUCCUGUAGCAUGCCUAUAGCAACCCACUUGAGUUAAAGGGCCAAGACUUGGUCACACAAAGCAGGAACUGGAUCUGACAGGAAGUAGGUCAUCAGAGUUUGUCAUUCUUCUUUUACCCAGUCUGAUAAUUGUGUCAGGGUUUACCUAUUACAUGCUUUGAGUGUCUAGCUUGGAGGCAGACGCCUGGUGUUUUCAGAGGGCUAGGGGUGGCAGGAAGGAGCACGAGCAGGCUCAUCACUAGAAUACAGUGAAAAAUAUAGGGGUGCCAUGGCAACUGACGUACAGUGAUCAGAAGGAGUACUCGGGGUUCGUUGGUCUUUCAGCUGAAACAGGUGUGUGUGUGCGCGAGGAUAACUUUGAUACACACAGUUGUGUAGAGACAAUCUCAGUACUGUACACUCCCAUCUUUAGUCAGCUCUCUGUACAUAUCAGAGUCUGAUGAGUUAACCAGUCUUUGCCACAAAGUGUGAUGGUCAGCGAGCUAGAGCCUCCUGUUCUGUUUUUACGCCAAUAGCAUUAAGUAAUCAAAUCUAAAGCCUUAACCAGUGCUUGGAAUAUUCAGUUUUAGCUACCUUUGUUCAAUUAAGUAUGAUGUCAUAUCGCUCCUGUUAAUUGCUUAUUUGACUGUUCUGUUUACUUUGGACACAUUAACUACCCCUUACCUGAAUGCUAACAUGUAUAUACAUCAGGCCUCCAUCACAUCACCCCAUGCGAGAUUGUGGACCUGCAUAGUCAGCGUUGAUAUGAUUUAAAUAUACUGUUUAAGAGCUGCAACAGCUGUAGCUCCAGCACCAUGCAAGUACACAUACAAGCCUGUUACAGCCAACAGCUGGCAUACAACCUCACAUACCAGUAUCAUUGCACUGUAGGAGCCACCGGUAUAUUAGCUGAAGGCAAAAGGAACAAAUUAAUUUUGAACAAAAGGAAUCUUCUAUUGAAGAAAGGUUGGCAAUCGCUGGCUCAUCUCCAAUGAAAUUGUAUAUAAUGAAUUGAGCGCCAUUCUGACACAUUUCUAAUGGUUACUAUCACAUUUUAGUGGUUGUUGAAGGUUUGAGUUUUUACUGUAGUGGACAACACUGUGUACUUGUCUUUGUCAUGAAAUCUCACUAAGAAUGUGUGGUAUAAAACAUAAAGAUUGUGUCUCAAUCUACUUUGUUCCUAAAUGUUACGCAUUAGGGCAGUCUGUUCAAUGUUCUAGGUGGUGUGGAUUACAAUGUUUGUAGAGAUGUUUCUUUUCUUCCCUAUUCUUUACUUUUAAAGUAACAUGAAUAUGUAGAGGAUCUGAAGAUAUUAUUAGCUCUCUGCUUAGCAGUGAUGAAGUUGCCAAGCAGAACAAUAUUUUUUCCAUCUACGUUGCUUCAUGGGGAAAAAAUGCAAAACUCCAGAUUCCUCCAUGUUCAUGUUGGGUAGUUGUUUUAUUUUCCGAGACAAUGAUCCAUUGAAUAAAAGUCCUUGUUUUGCUCUUUGCUGUAGAGAAGUCAGUGCCUUCCCCCGCCUGCGGCUGGGCUUUUAUUGGAGAAGUGACUUUGAUGUCUAUGCAAGCUUUUUUCUACCAGCUUACCAGCCUGCAUCAAACAGUCCUUUGAAAUCUCAUGUAGCUCGUUUUGUGUACAUAGUGUUAUUUAGCACCUUUUGGAAUUGAACCAUCUGAAAUGUGUGAUUGCUUGUGUUGAAUUAUAACAAGUACUUUGUACUUGUAUGGUAUUAUAGAAAACAUGUUUGUAGAUUGAUAUUAAGUUGCAUUUAGUUUCACUGAAUCUAUUUUUCUACUGUCGCCUCAAAAGGUGCAUAACAGUGGUCAACUUGGGCAUCCUCAAAAUAAACUGGUUUGAUAUUAUGGAAUUAA